AUGCGUCUCCUGACCUCUCUCAUCCUUCUGAUCUCUUUGAUUUCUGUCAUUUCAUCGCUCAAAUGCUGGUACGACGUCAACACCGUCGAUCAAUUAUCGGACUCGGCCGAAGCCCAUGUCUGCGAUUGCGGUGAGUCGUGUGCAAAGAUCAACGCGGUUCCGAGCGGCAAUGAGACCUACUGGGUGAGAUUGUGCGGUUGUGGGAAAUCGGGUCAAAAUGGGGAAGAGUACGAGAGUUGUCCGAACGGUCAACCCAACGAUAAAGAGUGGAGCUGUUGCAAGGGAGAUCUCUGUAAUAAGAAC